AACGGUCGCACGAGGAUGUUCAGAAUUCUUCUCGUGUUUCAGAAUGGCCGGGGCCUGUUGCUGGCCGCAGCAGGUGGUCACGUGGAAGUGUGCGAGACCCUGUUACCAGAGGGCGUCGACGUUAGUGCCGCAGACGACCACGGAAACUCGGCGCUACACGAGGCAUCAUGGCGGGGCUACAGUCGGACCGUGGCGGUUCUGGCGCAGGCCCUCGGGACCCAGCGGGCCCCGCUGCAUGCCAGGAAUCUUGCCGGAUUUGCACCGCUUCACCUCGCCUGUCAAAACGGCCAUAAUCAAAGCUGUCGAGAGCUCCUCCUAGCCGGCAGCAAUCCCGAUCUCCAGAAUAACUAUGGUGAUACACCCCUUCAUACUUCGGCUCGCUACGGUCAUGCCGGGGUAACACGUAUCCUAAUUUCAGCCCUGUGUAGGGUAUCUGAUCAAAACAAGAACGGCGACACCGCCUUGCAUAUAGCCGCGGCGAUGGGUCGCCGGAAGUUGACGCGAAUCCUCCUGGAGGCCGGUUGCGAUCGAAGUCUGCGAAACAAGCAGGGUGAAACGGCGAAGGACAUCGCCCGCCGAAAGAAUCACUCGGAAAUUCUGGAGAUCAUCUCCAAGGCUCGCAGCAAAAGUCGAAUGCGUAGCAAGAGCCGCGAAGAGGACUUAGUAGACGGUAAGGCAAUGAACAAGAAGAGGGAAAAGACCGAAAGCGGCACAAGCGGUGGCGGCGGAAGCAACUCGAAGAAGGACCGGAAGAAGCACAAGACCGGCGGCAAGCAGCACAAGGUUCGCUUCGAGAAGGCCAUCAUGGGUCGACAAUGGUCCCCUUAUGGUUGCCACUAUUAUCCUGACCCGGAAGCGUUUCCGCAACCGCGUCUGGACUCUCUACCUGCCGAUCCUUUAGGCCGAGGAGAACAGUAUUACCUGGACCUGGCUGGUAACAUUCGGAAGGGUCCCGUUGGAGUCGGAUACACCUGUUACUGCGCGCCGUUCUUCCGUCAUAUGGAGGCGAAGCUGGAACGGGACAAGGCCGAGCUGAAGGCCCACAUCGAUCAGGCGCACGAGAAGCUGGAUCUAAAGGUGGCCUGUCUCGAGAUGAGAACCAGGGGACAGAUCUCGGAAUUGACUCGCUGCGUUCAGGAGGAACGGUCCAGGUGUGACGAAAGAUAUUCCCACUUCCAGCGAUGCCUCCAGCGUGGCGGCAGAGGCAGAUACAGCGAGAGGCCCAUCAAGACGUGCCACAAUCAAUUGGAGAUGGUGGUUCCCGCUCGAGCGAGGUCCCUGGAGGAUCUGCUGGACGAUCGGCCGCACGAUCGCAGUUUCGAGAUCCCUGGGGAGACGCCGGUCCAUCGCGGAAGUUUGGAUGACCUUGAUAUACCGGCUAUACCCAGGCUCAGCACGUCCAUGAGGGAUCUGCCCUCCUCGAAAUCCGGAACGGCUAGAUCCGCUCUUCGGGUGCUGGACGUUUCUCCGAGGCUGAACGAGACAUUCGACGGGGUCAUUCGUCAGGGUGGAAUCUCGCCCUUAGACACGGUACCUAUGGAAGUACCUGCUGUGGAAGGAAGACGUCAGCAAAGGGAUUGCACCUCGUACGACAUGCACGCCAUAGCCGUGGAUAAUAAUAAUACUCGAAAUAUCAGCGAUGAAAAUACGAUGGAAUGGAAUGGCAAUCGUCGCAGCGUCCACGAGAUAAUUAAGCGAUUUCAGCAAGUACCUGAUAUGCAUAACGGUUGGCAAAGGAUUCUCUCCAGAAGUAACGAACAGGCUAAUCUGGAUGAAUAUACCAAGUGCUCGCAAAAUCAGAGAGUGCAUUCUCAAGAUAAUGACAGCGAGAGCAGCGAGGGAGAAGGCGACGAUGCCGAACAACCCGAGGCAUACAAGGACGCGAAUUGUAGAAAAAAUAUUCCCGAAGAUGUGCACUACGACAGUAUCGCGAGGAUGCCUUACAGAUCACGCAAUCCUGUAUACAGUCCGACACCGCCUUUGCACGAUACCCAUAACGACUCUGGAUACAGCACUCGCAUGUACGGCUCCAGCAAAGGCGCUUCGCCUUCGUUGUCAGGUCAGCUAGAAUGCGACGUGAUUCUACCACCUUCGACAGGAACAUUCACGAAUGGGGAACAUCUCGCAGCUUUGCUGGAGCAGCCAAGGGGACACGAUUUAACAGUUUACGAGCGAAAUGCCGAUAAUGUUGUCAUCAACAUUGGAACUGCCAGUCUAGUUUAGCGCAGCCAAACAUAGCUUCGACCGAAAAUGACAAAAUUUUAAAUAUACAUGUAUAAUUCAUAAUUAUAUGUUACAGUGUACAUAUAUAAAAUAUAUAUACAUAGGUUGCUCUAGACUAUAGAGAUGUUUAAGCUAUUUUAUUGUCCAAUAUCGUCGUUACAUAAGUGUCAUAUCCGUCCGUAUUGCCAUGAUUUUAUUUUACACAGAAAUAGAAAUAAAUACUAUAAAAUAAGAGAAA